GUUGGAGGCUUGGGCUACUUCCUGGGGCUCGAGAGAGGCCCGGGCCCACCCCAGACAAGACAUACUUGAAUGAGGUCCCUCUUAGUGUAAUGCCGGAGAAACUGAGGCUGGAUAGAGAUUAGAGAGUAUUUUAUAAUUUAUUUAAAGGGAAAGAUUUACUGGGACCAAAUGGAUCCAUGAUUUGGUUCCGGGUCUGAAUGAGAUUAUCCUUUCCGAGAAUCCCGCAGUGAGAGCUCUCAAUGACCUCUAUACACGUGGCUCGGAUACAGGGGCUGGCCCUGGAAAUUUUCUCACAUGUCUUCUGAGAAAGCAACGAUUACAGUUCGUCUCAUUCGUUCCUUUGAGCAUCGCAAUUUCAAGCCUCUUGUUUACCAUGAAGUUAAUUUGGACCAGACUGUAAAAGAAUUUAUUGUGUUCCUAAAAAAAGAAGAGACACAGUGUUAUAGAAGGGAGACCUCAUGUCCUUCCUAUCAGAGGCCAACAUGUAGCCCAGAUGUUCCUUUAAGGACAGGCCUCCCACCCCCAUUCAAGCAUUAUAAAUAUGAUAAAAUGAAGAUUAUUCAUCAGGCACACAAAUCAAAGACUAAUGAACUUGUGUUGAGUUUAGAAGAUGAUGAUAGACUCUUGUUAAGAGAAGACUGUACUAUGAAAGCAGCUGGAGUUGGUAAGAGUGCAUCCAAUGAAACUGAAAUUGCAUUCUUCUGUGAAGAAGAUUAUAAGAACUACAAAGCUAAUCCUGUUUCAUCCUGGUGAAGAUGUCUGGGAACUUGUUUUUUGCAUACCUAUUAUAACCUCUUUAUUUUGCUUAGUGAAGUGUUGUGGGUGGGUUUUUUUUUUGUUUGUUUGUUUGUUUUUUUUUAACUGAUAAAUAAAUCCUAAAAGAUUAAUCCAUGCUGAAUUACAAUUUCUUUUCAUAGUUUGCCAUUUGUAUCCAAACUCUGUAGUGAUAUCUGCCUUUACAUGUCCCUUCCUUCUUCCCUCUUGUGUUUUGUCAUCUAGGCACUGCAAAUUAAUGUCACAUUUCUUUUUAUGAUAAAAAAAAUUGAGAGUUUAAAAAAUAAUAGAAACCAAAAGGCAAGUGUAAUAUACUAAU